CGCCAGGCUUUGCACCCGCGCACUUCCUCUCGGGGAGUCGGCGGAGGCUCGACCAGCGAGCAGCUUGGCCGGAAAGCACCACGAGCUUCGAGCUUCCCGGAGGCCUCGCCCCGGGGUCCCAGCCGGUUGCCACGAUGUCCGAACCCCACCAGGACCAGAACGACCCGCACUUGGCCGCCGAAGCGUCCGCCUCCAACGCCGCCGCCGAGGUACACUGCACCCCUGGGGUUCCGGUGGGGGUCCCUCCUCCCGACUUCCCCGCCCCGAGCUUUGCAGAGCCGGAGAACCCUCCCGCGGGCUCGGCCGCCGCGCCCUGCCAGGUGCCCGCGGAGGACGACCCCAAGGCCCUGCUGGAGGCCGCCGAGGAGGGCCGCGCCCACCCGUGCCCCAGCCCGCCGCCGCCGCCGCCCGCGCCGCCCGCGCCCGCGCAGCUGGUGCAGAAGGCGCACGAGCUGAUGUGGUACGUGCUGGUGAAGGACCAGAAGCGGAUGGUGAUCUGGUUCCCCGACAUGGUCAAGGAUGUCAUCGGCAGCUACAAGAAGUGGUGCCGAAGCAUCCUCAGGCGCACCAGCCUCAUCCUGGCCAGGGUCUUCGGGCUGCACCUGAGACUGACCAAUCUCCACACCAUGGAGUUUGCGUUGGUCAAGGCUCUCAGCCCCGAGGAUCUGGAGCGGGUGGCGCUGAAUAACCGCAUGCCCAUGAUGGGCCUGCUGCUCAUGAUCCUGAGUCUCAUUUAUGUCAAGGGUCGGGGGGCCAGGGAGAGCGCCGUGUGGAACGUGCUGCGCAUCCUGGGGCUGCGGCCCUGGAAGAAGCACCCCACCUUCGGAGACGUCCGCAAGCUCAUCACCGAGGAGUUCGUGCAGCAGAACUACCUGAAGUACCAGCGCAUCCCCUACGUCGAGCCGCCCGAGUACGAGUUCUACUGGGGCUCCCGGGCCAACCGUGAAAUCACCAAGAUGCAGAUCAUGGAGUUCCUGGCCAGGGUCUUCAAGAAAGACCCCCAGGCCUGGCCCUCCAGAUACAGGGAGGCUCUGGAGGAGGCCAGAGCUCGGCGGGAGGCGCAUCCCGAUGCCCACGGCCCCCGCAACAGCGUCUGUGAGGAGUAAAUGAGGAGGAGAGGUGGGGGGGGGAAGGGGCAGGUGGGGUUCUUGGAGGCAGAAUCGUUUCUGACCGUCCACAUUGCUUCUGGAAAGGGGGUGGGUGGGGCUCGGGUCAUUUAGAGUAUUCAGGAUUUCCAGUGCAGUAUUCCCAGUGUUAAACCUCUUCCGUUCUCAGUCACAGUGCUCUUUCUACAUCUUCAUGCCAAUGUUGUAUUCACGUGGGUAUACUCUUUUGAGUAGUAGCGUUGUAGAAUGUAUGCAUGUUUGUUUCCUAAAGUGAGCUCUGUUGGGUGCUUUUGCUUUUUGUGAUUUUCUUUUUCUUUUUUUUUUGUACCAGAGACGUGCUAAAGUUAUGAAAUACAUUGAAGGGGGGGAAAAUAUCUUUUUUUCCAUCCUGUUCUUUUCCAUGGGACCCAUGAUGUGUAUUAAGGUAGACUUGAUCCUGGAGAGUAUGGAAGGGUUCACCACAGCUGGGCCUGACCAAGCCAAAAGUCAAGGCCCUCCCUCCUCUGUGACUCAUUGGGCACCAGAAACAUCCUCGCCGAAGUGAACUGGACUGAUUGGAACUGAACUGAUUUGAACUGGAAUGGUCGGGAAUGGUCCCAGUUGUGAGCACUUAGCACACUUUAACUAAAAACACAUAUAUACCACCCCCAUCAUGAAUAAAGUUUAACUAUUAAAGAUUCUCGUGAUGCAAGCA